UUGGACUAUGGUAUUCAACACUUUAAAAUCAAACCAAAGUGUUGAAAAAGUUGUGGGAACUCCUCCGCAAAAGUACCAAUUGCCAAAGAAACAAUUGUUUAGUCUACAACUAAUAACUAAAACUAAACAUGAUUCGCCAGUGUGCCGGGGUAUUAAAAAUCAAGGGGCCACUUGUUACUUAAAUGCUUUCGUCCAAGUCAUAUUACACACGCCUGAGUUUCGUAACGCGUUGUUGGAGCUGACAUUCCCUCAUGAUUCCGGCGACGACGUUUGGUUUAACGUCGCUUAUCAACUUAAGAGGCUUUUCGUAGAAAUACUUGGACCUGACACAUCGGUGGUUAAGACUAAGGACUUAACAAACAGUCUUGGUUGGACUCAGGAGGACACAGAUACCCAGCAAGACGUCCAAGAGUUUGGUCGAUACUUUUUGGGCAUCUUGGACGAGAAGUUGCAACUUACAUCGUCCGCUAACAUGAUUAGUAAUCUAUUCAGUGGCAUUCAGGUCGAAAUCCUUACUUGCAUAAUGUGCAAUAUAAGUAAAGAGCAGUAUUCCACAUUUUUUGAUAUUUCUCUGCCUAUUCGCUCUAUUGAUGGAAAGACAUAUGACUCGCUGGAAUAUGCAAUAGAACAAUAUUUAAGACCUGAAAUAUUAGAUGAACAUUUUUGUGACAUUUGUGGAAAAAAAUGCAAAUUCCUAAAAGGGCAACAAUUUAAAGAGCUCCCAUGUAUUUUAUGUUUUCAUCUAGGUAGGAUUACCUAUAACAUAAAUAGUCUAAAACCCGAAAAAAUAAAUGACAAAGUAUCUUUUCCAUUUUUCAUUUCAAUAGAUGUGGAUGGCUAUAAUUCCGUAUUUGAAUUAUACGGAGUGAUCAGCCACAAAGGAAAAGCCACUUUUGGACACUAUUACUCCUAUAUAAAAGAUUUCAAUUCGGGACAAUGAUUUUGAAUGUGAUGAUGAUAUUUUUACUCCCUUAGGUAUUUACAUUUUUUGGAAAAUACCACAAUUAUAAGACUAUAACUAUUACACAAGUAUCACCACAUAAAAUUGAAAGUACUUUCAGUAAAAAAUCAAGCACAUAUUUGAUCAUGUAUCGAUUUUUUGAUAGAAACAGAAAUCGAGAAGCUUACACACUCGAGAAUCUCCCAGCGCAUUUAAAGUAUUCAAACAAUAUUUUUACUUAUGCAUCCAUUUAAUUAUAUCCGUGUAGUUUGCCAUAGAAAACAGAGUUCAACAAAGUUAUUAGUUAUAUGUUUAAUUACCCAGAGAAGACCUAUGACUUCAGUGGUAUAAAUUAGGCAUGCAAUACAAAAU